CUCUUCUACACUAUAUUUUUGUCGCUAAUGAGGAAACACGCCCUUAAACUUGGCGACAUUGCCGGUGGCAUGGUACUUGAGCAAAUCCUCGAUCGCUUAAUUCGGGAUAUUGAGCUCUAUUCCGGCGCACCUUCGACCGACUACAAUUUUAACUCUGUUUAUAGCGACCACUUAACUGCCAUUCAGUACGCCCUUGUCUCUCGCCAGUGGAUGCAGUAUUUGAGGCCAUAUUUUUUACGCAUCAUUUAUAUCGCUAGUCUCCCCUCCGAAGCACCGCAGACCAUCAAAUCGAGGAUUCUACACAAAUUCUCAUCACAGAUACCGCAGAAGCGCUGGAAGUCAAAUAUUAAGUCGGUUAUCAGCAUCGGCGGGACCCACUUUGUAAAACGGCUAUACAUAUUCAACCACAAUAACGAUGCUACUCCUACGCUCAAUGUUCUUUUACAGGGGAGCGGCUUUGGCAAAACAGCAUGGACGAACCUCCGCGAAAUCAUACUACACAAAGAUCUCGAGUUUCAAACAAAUCUAGGAGAAAAAGAGCACAUCGACUUGGUACAUUCAUAUCUAUCGACAUUUGCACCAUCCCUUAGCAGCAUCUAUUCAAUCCCGCAUCCAGUUUUCAACGCGCUUGACAACAGGCUUUCUAAACAAAGGCUACAUCUUGAUACACAGUCAGGCCGCCAUUUGACUUCCACAUAUUUCCCACACUUGACCACCCUGAGUAUUAACGAUAAAAUGGGUCUGAGCAGCCACCAUCUGAUCACAUUUUUCGCACCAACGCUCAGAAAUCUCCUGAUAGGUAUUCGCUUUGAAUCAUUGCUGAGCUGGCGGCAAUUCAUCGACAGCGAUGCCAAUACGAUUGAGUUCGAUGAGCUGAGAACGUUGGAUGUCUCAUUCAUAAUGAGACCAGGCCAGCCACUACCUUCUCCUCGCCUUUCAACCUUUUACGGGCAGCAAACGCUGCUAUUCCCCAAACUUCAUACACUAAAAACCCGCCAUAUAUUUAACGCCCAUGUUGACUUCAAGGAUCUUUUCGCCAAUGUCAAACUUGGUUUACUAGAGAUUAACGAGUGGCCAAUGAGUCUGCCAUCCAUUAACUCGAUGCCCCUGGCAAAUACGGACAAGGUGUCUAUCGACCUUUCCUACCUAUUCGAGGCAGGCAGUAGUAGCCUAUGGAUAGACACGCCUGCUCGGUUGUUUGGGUCCUACUCCAACGCUAGAACUGCUGAGCUCACCAUUCCCCUGCUCCCAAGUGCUAAACUCGAUUGGCCGAAUCUCAUACGCCUAGACCUCGCAGUUAGCAUACUUGACUGGAAUUCACUGGAGGUAAUUCUCCCAGGGCUUUUACAUCUAAGAGCUCUGACUGUUUCGAAUGUGUUUAGACAUAGGCUUGGAGGUGAGGCAAUGUUGUUCAGGAGCGAGAUCAAAAGCUAUACACCCACAUCAACAUCCCCCAUUAGCCCAGUCCUUGAGGAGUUCAUGUAUCAAGACUUCCUCAAAAAGCCUGACGCUAACGCUUCUUCAUUUAUCCAGCAGCUUAUUCUACGAUCGCCACGUCUCAUGGUUGUUAGAGCACAGCGUAAAUAUCUCAGAUCUGGUUUAAAGCUUUCCAAGAAGCAGGGUAUCAAGUUUGAGCUUCUGUAGGCUCAUCUUAAAUCGCCUCUCGCGAUUUAUUCUACUCAGCAUCCCGCGCACAUCAGGGUGCACCUGGCAAAACAAGCGUUUUACUCGAACUUUCCCGCUGCAUCUCCCCUUUAGUAGUACAUGUCCUUACCAACAUAUACAGCAG